UACCCUUUACUCUCUUCUAACACGUGUCGAGUUAUAAUUGGCUACUGGUUUCACUUUGAAUCAAAUCAGUUCAGAAAAAGUGAAAUCUCCGCCAUUUCCACUUUUUGGAUCUCCGCUUUUUUCUCUGCUACUCCUCUCUAUAUUUACUGAUCAAAAUCUGAUAAAAUCAACUCCCGCAAUUCACAAGCUACUCCAAAUCUCCAACCAGCAAUGGCUUCUUUAUCUUCUUCUCUUGCUCCGAUUCUUCUGUGCGUCACACUAUGGAUUUCUCUCAUCUCACCGGGACGUUCGCUCAGGUGUUCGUCACAGCAACUCUCGGCCAAGAACGAGUCUGUCCCUAAGUUCGCCAACUGCAUCGAUCUUCCCUCCCUCGACGCCUUCCUCCACUACACCUACAACGCCUCCAACUCCUCUCUCUCCGUCGCCUUCGUGGCCACGCCGCCAAGUCCCGACGGCUGGAUAGCCUGGGCAAUCAACCCGACGAGCACCGGCAUGGUAGGCUCCCAGGCGCUCAUCGCCUUCAAAUCAGACGACGGCAAAGCCAUCAACGUCAAGACAUACAACAUCAGUUCUUAUCACGACGUGAAGGAGUCGAAACUCUCGUUCGAUGUCUGGAACAUGAGAGCCGAGUCUCUUGGGAAGGACAACUCGAUCGCGAUCUUCGCCGUGGUGAAGGUGCCGGAGAAGGCGGAGAAGGUGAACCAGGUGUGGCAGGUUGGGAGUAAAGUCAGCGAGGGGCAGCCGCGGGCACACCAGAUGGCGCCGGCGAAUCUGAACGCCAGAGCAGUGUUGCAGCUGGAGGGUAAGAGGGCGCCGAGCCCGUCGAGUGGUGCCACGGCGCCUAGUCCGGCAGGAGGCAGUAGUGCUUCUAAUGAGACUGGGGACGGUGGAAGGAGAAUAAUGAAAAAUGCGGGGUUGUAUGUAGCAUUAUCUGUUUUUGUUGGCAGUUUUAUAAUUUUCUAGAAUUCUGAUAUAUUUUUUUUCUUCUGUUUUUUUUUUUUUAUUUUGCUAAUAAUACAGCAAAAAAUAACUCUCGUAGGGCACACGAUGAAUAUGAAAAUGUCAGUGAAUUUUUUCUUUUUUAUUUUAAAGUAUUAAAAUUGAAAAUUAGCAAUAUCA